GAAAGACGAGCCAGCGUCGGACCGCAGCGCAGGCGCGGUGGGAGGCCUCGCGUGCGCGCACCGCGGGUGGGCGCCUCUCCGGCUAGCUGCAGACUCUUCCCUUUACCCGCUCGUCUCUUGGAGUAAAGCCACCUACGCCCCCAGCGGUGGUGGUUUGUCUUGAAAAUCCGUCGCCACCGGUUCUUCUGUUGGUUGCAGAUUUUUGAUGAAAUUGAGUCACGAAACUGUAACCAUUGAAUUAAAGAAUGGAACACAGGUCCAUGGAACAAUCACAGGUGUAGAUGUCAGCAUGAAUACACAUCUUAAAGCUGUGAAAAUGACCCUGAAGAACAGAGAACCUGUACAGCUGGAAACACUGAGUAUUCGAGGAAAUAACAUUCGAUAUUUUAUUCUGCCAGACAGCUUACCUCUGGAUACACUUCUCGUGGAUGUUGAACCAAAGGUGAAGUCUAAGAAAAGGGAAGCUGUUGCAGGAAGAGGCCGAGGCCGAGGAAGAGGAAGAGGACGUGGCCGAGGAAGAGGAAGAGGGGGUCCUAGGCGAUAAUAUCUCUCAAGACUACUAUUUCAAAGUAGUUUUGUUUGUUUAUAACAGACGAAGAGGAAGACGUGGCAGAGGAAGACUACGUGGCUAAGUUAGAAGAUGGUGCCUAAGCAAAUUGUGUCUCUCAAGAUUAUGAUUUUAAAGUGAUCGAUGCCCCGGGUGCUUUUUGUACAGGCUUUGUUUGUUUGUGGCAGUUUUUAAUAAACAUAAAUGUAGGACA